AUCUCCACAGUCCACACGCCCCUCGGCCAAGGCUUCCCUUCCCCGUAUCGAAGAAAACGAAGGGGAGGAGGAAGACGAAGAUGUCAUGGCUGGCGAGGUCUCUCGUGAGCUCGCUGAGCUCCGAUCAUGGCGACGGUGACGAUGAGGAGAAGAGAAAGGAGAAGGCUGAGAGAUCGUCCCGAGAGUCCCCGUCCAAAGAAGCGGAAUCCGACGAGGACCGCCCCAUGGAGCCUGGAACCCCGACGAGGGGUGUCAAAGAGGACCUCUCCGAGCUCACCAAAACCCUAACACGCCAAUUCUGGGGCGUAGCCUCCUUCCUCGCCCCGCCGCCGGAUUCCCCGAACCCCAACGCUCCAGGGACGGAUUCCUCGCCCUCCGAUGGCGGCCGGAGUUCCGAUUUCUCCGAUCCGGCGGCCUCCGGGUACUCCGGUGAGGCUGAGGCGGCGGAGUCUCCGAGGAUCGCCGGAAUCCGGAGCGAUUUUGCCGAGAUCAGCGGGAAGUUCAGGAGCGGGAUCUCGAUGCUGUCGAAUGCCAAGGCGGUGACGGAGAUCUCCAAGAUUGCGUCUACUUUGCUGCCGUUUGGGGCUGAGGAGGAGGAGGAGGAGGGGGAGGAUGAGGAGGAAGAGAAUUUUGAGGUUGGCGCUGUGGGUAUUACCGAGGAGGUCUUGGCAUUUGCGAGGAAUAUCUCGAUGCAUCCGGAGACGUGGUUGGAUUUCCCAUUGUUUCAUGAUGACGAGGGUUCCGAUGAUUUCGAAAUGUCAGAUGCUCAACAAGAGCAUGCACUGGCCAUUGAACGCCUUGCACCCAGAUUAGCUGCUUUGAGGAUCGAGCUUUGCCCGAGUCAUAUGAAUGAAGGAUGCUUUUGGAAAAUCUAUUUUGUACUUCUGCAUUCUAGACUCAAUAAGCAUGACGCUGAACUUUUGUCAACACCUCAGAUCAUGGAAACAAGAUCAAUGUUGUUACAGGAUCCACAGAAUCGGACAAAGCCUGGAUCUGAGAGGUCUGGAAGGGAGACAUCAUAUAGGAAAGAGGAUGCUGCUUCAGUUCCAAUUGAAGACAAUGUCAUAGGACCAUCAAAAAUAAUCAGUGAAACUGCACCAUCCAAAGCACCCUCAUUUGGAGAAUCCACUUCCGAUCCCUUGGCGGAUGUUGAGACUGAAAAGCACCCUGUUGCACCCUCAUUUGGAGAACCCACUUCUGAUCCCUUGGCAGAUGUUGAGACUGAAAAGCACCCUGUUCAAACAACUGAGGUGAAAAUUAUUGACAAGUCUGUCAUUGAAGAACAGCCACCUGUGCAAAGUAAGACGAAGUAUUUGCCUACUGAGACAUCGAAAGUCGUGAUUGAGAAGGACGAAGAGGAUGGUGAUGACUGGUUGGAAGAGGAUACGGGUGAAAUGGGUGGCACGGGGGGUGCUGCUAUCCCAUUAGGACAUGAGGAAGACGUAUCAUUCAGUGAUCUGGAGUAUGAUGAUGAUCGAGGCACACUUUCAAGCACCAAGGCCCUUGAUGCAAACAAUCCUCGAACUGAGGACUCUAGAGGCUGGGUUCAGCUAGGCCCUGGGGCCUCUUCAAAGAUUGAUGACUCCACUUGCCUGCAAACCAAGGAAUCCAAUGAUUGGCUAGAUGUUGAAGAUAUUGAUGUGGAAUGAUGGAAUAUCAUUUCUUUGGAGUAUGUGUUGUGAGGUAUGGGCUUCUAUGUCUAUUAAAUCUCCCUGUUCUAUUUAUUAUUGUGUCGUAAUGUGGUUAUGACCGAUGUUCUGUAUAUAAAGACCUUUCUGGGGUCUUGUGGAUCUUUCUGCUGCAAAUUGCAUAUAGUUUUUCAGUCUCUCUCAUGUUUCUUUUGUGAUAAUCA